AUACGCCCCCUUUAUACCAGUCUAUGUCGGGUAGCGAUUAAGUUGAAGACAAGUUAUUCAGUUCCAUUUGUGUAUGUGCAUGCUAAUGAGAAAGUGACUCUUGGGAAAUUUUCGUACACUUGUGUUGUCCAUAUUCAUCCACCAGAAUCUCUUGUGUAUACUUUAUAUUGACUUCUGUGUUUACAAAAUGAAAGCUUUCUUUUUACUGGCCACAUUUGCUGUGGUCUGUGUAACAUACAUUCAGUGUCAAGAUUGUUCUCCUGUCAAUGCUUGUAUAGGAAAUGAUUUCAGAGAGAAAAUUAAACGGAAAUCACAAGUCGCAGAUUUUCCAGCAGUCUGCAUUGACUAUAAAAAUGCCCUAGACUGCAUCAAUGCAGCCUCUGUGGCUGGAUGUCAAGUAGCAGGUUCAGCCGCAAUCACAACUCUGACAAAUUUAACUCACAAAACAUGUGGUCCCGAUGGUAAACUAACAGGCUGUGGCUAUGAUGUGUAUCAAUGUGUACUACAAGCUCAAAAUAUAUUAUUAGAUUAUAAAAAUAACAAUGUCACGGCUGCUUGUCCUGUUGUGACCAAGUUCUCUACUUGUGCUAAUGCCAUCAAGGCUAACACUGAGUGUGAUGCAGGAUUGGUAGCUUCUUUGAUUGAUGCGGAGACAAUGUUUAAACAAGAUGCCUUAUUGACUGGAUGCUAUGGACCUUGUGCUGCUGCCAUUGGAAACUGUACUUUAGGCCUGGCCACUGAUAUCUCAGGACUAUAUAUUACUCAAACCAACUGGACAAACUUUUGCAUAGAUGCAUACAAAGCAUUAAGCUGUAUGAAACAAUUAAAUGCAGGCAGUGUUUGUGCUGGUACUUCAGAAGCACAAGUUCUGCAAGCCCAGUUGGCAAGUCAAGAUGCCUACUUAAAAGAUUAUUGUGAUGCCAGUGGUCGACCCUCCCAAUGUGUAGUUGGUUUAAGCAUGUGCAAUGCAGAUAUUGUGAACCUAUCUCCACAGUCAGAUAUUAAAACACAAUGCGCGGCUGCGGCAAAUUUUUUAGAAUGCACUAGUUCUCUCCCUUGUGAACAAGAAUUAGCUUCUGUUGUUCAAGAUAUGAGAAACCAAUUUCAGACAGGGGAGCGCUCUACAAAUUGUCCCACUGUUGGAAGCUGUAACACUCGUUUAGUUAAUUGUCAGUCAGCCGAUGUCCAGCUGAAAACAAUCACCGCUACUACAUCAAAGCAACAAUUUUGCAAAAUUGUGACAUCUGCCAUUAGAUGUUUUGACUUUGUCAGAAAUGAUCCAAUCUGUGAACGUGAAAAUAUGAUGGUCAGUGAGUUUGAAACCUCAAUGGCUGUAGAUGCUGCACCUACUUGCGGAGCUGUCAUUGGUACAUGCAUGGACCGCAUUAAGGUUUGUGAUGACUUUGAACAUAUCAUUAACAAUAUCAAUGCUACAACAGACCCUGUGGCCUUCUGCAAUCGUACAAGACAAGGUAUCAACUGUUUUGACACUGUCAGAACUGACAAUAACUGCACACAGGAUAAAGUACAAGUCACCAAGUGGGAGACCACCAUCAGAAAUUUGAUUGCUCCUAUGUGCAAAGGAGGUGCUACCAUGGUACAUGUUCCACUCAUUCUUUUAGUGGCUUGUUUGCUGGUUAGCAUGGACAAAAUCGUAACUCCAUUAUGGUAACGAAUCACCCAGAUAUAAAUCAAGGGAGCUAACUCAGUGUUAUCUCAAGAUCAAGUAGUUUGAAAUUCAUAUCAUCAGUCAUCAUUUAUGUGUGAAAUCCAGAACAUUUUGAUGUCUUUCAUCUUGUCAUGUCUUUCAUGCUUUAGGAGAGAUUUUCACAGGUUCCUUUCAUUCUAUGUGAGUGAUCUAAUCAUUGAAAGUCUGGCAAGUGUGAUAUAUAUAGAGAGAUAUAACUGUGUGUGAAAGAGUCAUUUUAAAUCUCAUUCAAUAUAUUAGAUUUACAAAACAAUUGUAACCUUUUAUUUAUAAUCCUUCUAACUGUAUACCUCUUGUUUAUAAUUUUAGUUUAAACUUUGUUGCAAAAUUAUGACAACAGUUAUAAAUAAUUUUAAAUGAUUUGUAAGCCUAUAUAGAAUAUUAAUAUGAUAGUAAAUGUCUCUAUUAUAUAUACAUUGAACCUUUUAGAAUUGUAGAUGUUAUAAGAUGGCUUUUGUAAUGUCCUCAAUAGUUAAUGACCUAGAUCUAUUAUAAUCAGGUUGAAAGUAAAAUUGUCAAAUUAUUAUAAUUUACAUAUAAUUAAUAAGCAUAUAACUCUAAGGAACAUGAAAAGAAACAUCAAACAAAUCAAAAGCCCAUCAAAGAUUACAAUCAGACUAGAUCUAGCUGUUAAGUAGAUAAAGUAUUUCUUUCUUUCUGCUAACAAAUAGUGUUGGAAUAAUUUGUUAGUAUAGCACAGGCUUUACCUGAGUAUGGAAGAGUAUCAGAACCUAUUUAGGUUAAAUGGUGUCUCUUAUAUUUCAUUUGUUGUGUUGCCAACUAUGAAAUGGAUAGUAACAUGACAGCCUAGUAAACUGAACUAGUCUUGAUGAAGUCCUGGUUAGUGUUAGAUAUAUCUUGUAAUGCAAGUAUGUUUUUUCCUUAUUUUUAGGAAACUAUUCUCUAAUUAUGUUUUUGUUAAGUGCCACAAACUAAUUUGAUUUUAAAGUUCCACAUGCAAAUUGAAUAAAACUUCAAAUAAACAUGCUGGAAAAAAAG